CUCUCUGCUCCCAGAGCUGCACGCCUCUGCGCUAUCGUGGCCAUGGCCAGCGAGUCAGUCUUUGUCAUUGCUAUAGAUUUUGGCACAUCCUACAGCGGGUACUGUUUUUGUCUUGCUUCAGGUACAGACCAAAUCCGCCAGGUUUACUGGGGAGCAGAGCACGGGUUAAAGACCCCAAAGACACCUACGAGCAUCUUGUUCAACCAGAAGCAGGAGUUUGAAUAUUUUGGUUAUGAUGCUGUGAUGAAGUACAAGAGCCUGCCCUCCAGCCAAGCUGACCGCUGGUACUUCUUCCAGAACUUCAAGAUGCAGCUGUACAGCACGAACGUCACAGCUGGCAUGAAGCUGAAAGCCACCAAUGGAAAGUUCCUUCCUGCCUUGACAGUCUUUUCCGAAAGCCUGCGCUUCAUGAAGGAACAUGCUUUGAACACCAUCAAGGAGGCCUCUUCCCAAACUGUCUAUGACCCGGAGGAGAUCACCUGGGUCAUUACUGUCCCGGCCAUAUGGAGCGCUGCUGCCAAGCAGUUCAUGCGCCUGGCAGCAAAAGAGGCAGGAAUUAUCUCUGGCAUGCUCUCUAGGAACCUGAUCAUUGCCUUGGAGCCAGAAGCUGCAUCGCUGUGGUGCAAGCAGCUUCCACAGGAAGGGUUUAUGACAGAUAGCAGUGACAAGAAGAAGUUUGAAGACUCUCCUGGGAUCCAGUAUAUUGUCGUUGACUGUGGAGGUGGCACCAUAGACAUCACAGUACACGAGAUCCAAGAAAACCAUUGCCUAAAGGAGCUACAUAAGGCAAGUGGAGGUGGAUGGGGAGGCAACAGAGUGGAUGAAAACUUCACCAAUUUCCUCAAGGAAAUAUUCAGUGAUGGCGUAUGGGGUGAAUAUGUGAAGAAGCACCCUACUGAAUUACAAAAUAUGAUGUACAACUUCAGCUUACAGAAAUGCUCUGCUAGCAGGGAGGCAGUCUACAUACGCUGCUACUACAACCUGACCAGAGUGGCAGAGUCCAAGAAGGACAUCUCCAAGUUCUUUGAAAAUGCAGUAGGAGCUGUGUGGUGUGAUGGGACAAUCAUGAUUACAUAUGAGAAAAUGAAGAGCUUGUUUGACUACAGUGUCAACAAUAUAAUUUUUGCUUUGAGGGAAAUUCUUUCCAAACCUGAGAUGGAUAAAGUCCAGUACAUUUUACUUGUGGGAGGCUUUGCAUGCAGCAUCAUCCUGCGAGAUGCAGUCAGGCAGGCCUUUAGCAGCAAGUAUCAUAUCCUUUGUCCCAUGGAGGCCCAGGCAGCCAUUGCAAAAGGGGCUGUUUUAUUUGGAGUUAAUCCACACAUCAUUACCUCAAGAAUCAGCUGUAGGACAUAUGGCUUAAGUGUGUGUGAGAAAUUUGAUGAUGCUAUCCAUGACAUCCGUAAACGGAGGGUCUCGAAAGCUGGUGACUUUAUUUAUUGCACAGGACUCUUCCAGAAACUGGUGGAAAUUGGAGAGUCAGUGAACAUACACAAAGCUGCCCACUAUGAUUUCUUUCCAAUAGAACCAGAUCAAACAAAGGUAACCUUUACUUUCUAUUGUACAAAAAAACAGAAUGCUCAGUAUGUGGAUGAGGAAGGGAUGGAAAUGCUUGGCUCCUGUGAAGUGCCAUCACCAGCCACAUGGCUGGGGUUAAAUCGCAGGCUGAAAGUGGAGAUUCAGUUUGGGCUCACUGAAUUUAAAGCCACAUGUACUGAUGUUACUUCCCAAGAAAGUCGUACAGUUAUAAUAGAUUUUUUAUCUUAUAAUUAUCACUCAUCAUAUUGAACAGAUCUUGGAUGCGUUUUCCAACCAUUAUGAUUCUAACAAUUCUAUGACUUUUACCAUAGAGGAGACAAUUGGACAGUAAGUUCAUCAUUCAACUUUCUUUUUACGCAGGAAAAGUACUAGUCUGAUUCUCUGGUUCCUUCCAUUCCUCACCAACUGCCCUUACAGUUCAACAUCUCGUUUUCUCUUGUAUCUGACAGCAGGUUUUCCUGCUGCUUUAUCUCAUGCCCUUUUAGCUUGCAUCUCUGAACACAAUAGUCCAUACCAUCAAGACAGUCAUCUGUGACAUACCUGUAUUUGAUGGAAAGUCUCUGGACUGGUGUCUAACUUCCACAUAAAGCAGCCCAUAGCUGUUUAUUUUAGCCUGAUGUCUUCUUGCAGCUACACCUUCUGUUUCUCCGACAUCAGGUCACUUUAUCUGGAGUCCAGGUUUAAUUCUGCUGGGGGUGAUAUUUAGUGGAUUUCUGUUUUCUUCAGAAUAUGAUUUAUAUAAACUCUAUGUAAUUAAAGCUCCAGUGUCCCAGACAAGGGAGUUGAGUGAACCAGUCUAGGGGCUUGUGUCCAAAACCUAUGGGAGUCUGUUUCCAUUAAAUGAUGGGGUGGUUCAAUCUCAUCAAUUGGGCCAGUUGUAACACUACAGAUGUGAAUAGUGCAUAUGCUGCUGCCUGAUGCCUCUGUCCAGCCCUGGUACUCUGUAUCUCUGAUUUGGGCAUGAUAUUUUCUAUAUCUGUAAAAACUGAUCUCUUUCCUCCUGCCUGCAGCACCUGUGCAAAAUUGAGCAGUGUGAAGGCUUCAUGAGCCUGAAUUUGUCCACAAAAAGGAUGCAGUCCUGCAGUGUGCUGUGUCUGGCUG